CGUAAAUUGCAGGACGUUUUACGUAAACUGAAGUGAUAUAUCAAUUUACGGUAGCCAUUCUUUGACAAAGAAAAAUCCACCCGAUACUCUCUGGUUGGAAAUUACCACAAGGCUAAGAUCCCUGGAAUCAACGUUUGAGGUUGCUAUAAGUAGGACACGUGUUGGGAUCUAGCUGCGAUGAAAAUGAGGAGACAACCAAACAUUCUGUUAACAGGAACCCCUGGUGUUGGAAAAACAACUCUGGGGAAGGAGCUGGCUCAGCGGACAGGGCUUGCCUAUGUUAAUAUCGGUGAUCUUGCUCAGGAAGGAGAUCUUUAUGAUGGCUAUGAUCAAGAGUACCAGUGCCCCAUUUUGGAUGAAGACAGGGUGGUGGAUGAGCUCGAUGAGAAGAUGUCACGUGGAGGUGUGAUUGUAGACUAUCAUGGCUGUGACCUCUUCCCUGAACGCUGGUUUCACAUUGUCUUUGUCCUCCAAACAGACAAUACUCAGUUAUACACACGGCUAGAAAGCAGAGGCUACACAGGAAAGAAGCUGCAGGACAAUGUGCAGUGUGAAAUUUUCCAGACCAUCUAUGAGGAGGCAAUUGAGUCCUACAAAGAGGAACUUGUCCACCAGCUUCCCAGCAACACUCCUGAGGACCUGGAAAGGAACUUGGAACAGAUAGGACAGUGGGCUCAGCAGUGGAUAAAAGACCACAAUUAGAGUGGAAAAGUGCCAACUGCAUGGCUGGCUCACUGCUGUCAGACAAAUUAUGAUUGGAAAAAAUAACGUGAACCAAUUUU